AAAAAGUGUUGUCAAUUUUUCUGCCAUUGAAUGAUAAUGUACAGAGAUGUUUUUGCCUCCUGAGAGUCUAUUUAUUCACUAAAUCUAUGUCUUGAAAAGAUGAAAACUUGCUGUUAACUUGCUACAUUUCUCCUCUCUUGUCUAUAACAAAAAGUGGGAAUCAGUAUAUAUCCAAGAUGACCACAGCACAGAAAGAGCAACAGAUGACACCACAGUCUUCACUGGGGCAAAACCCUUGGAAAACUAAACACUACGGCAACUUGAUGGGAAGCUACUGCUAAAACAAUAUCAACACAAAAAGAAUAAUAUGGACAGGACCAUGUACGUGGACUACAAAGUCUUCACUGUUCGGCCAAAUGACACAGAGGCAGUCGUCUCUGAUAUUCUGCAGGAAGCUUCAGAGAGUCAUCAGCUUUAUAUCAUCAGCCUCUUCCUCUCCAGCAUCUACAUUAUAUUCCUGUUCCCCGUGGGCUUCAUCGGGAACAUCCUCAUCUUAGUGGUCAACCUGCACCACAAGGGCCGCUUAACAGCCCCGGACCUGUACUUUGUGAACCUGGCCGUGGCCGACCUCACUCUCGUGGCCGACUCUCUGAUCGAGGUGUUCAACCUGAAGCAGGGCUACUAUGACAAGCCCCACCUCUGCACCUUCAUGAACCUUUUCCAGCAGGCCAACAUGUACAGCAGCGUCUUCUUCUUAUCCUGGAUGAGCUUCGACAGGUUUGUUGCAAUGACUGGCCUCAUGGGUCGCAGCAUGCCGCGUGCACGCCUCAGCUGCUGCCUCAUCUGGGUGUCCUCGUCUUUGCUCACCGUACUUCCUUUUGCCAUAGCUCAAAGCCAGCACGCUGGAGAACUCCACUUCUGCUUCGCCAACGUGACCCAGAUUCAGUGGCUGGAGGUGAUGCUGGGUUUCUUGCUGCCUUUCUGCAUCUUGGGUCUGUGCUACUGGAGAAUAGCACAGGUGCUCCGGAGGAGCCAGAGGGGACAAGAUGGCCCCCGGCAGAGGCCUCGCAGGCAGAAGGCUCUGCGGAUGAUCUCAGCAGCUGUGUUAGUCUUCUUCCUCUGCUGGCUCCCGGAGAACGUGUUUGUAAGCGUUCACCUUCUAAGAGGUGACUCAGACAGCAGCACACUGUGGCAGGACUACCCCCUCACAGGUCAUGCUGUCAGGCUGGCGGCCUUUUCUAACAGCUGUCUGAACCCACUCAUCUACAGCUUCCUUGGGGAGACCUUUCGGGUUAAACUGAGGCUCCUUCUCCAGGAGAGGAGCAGAUGGGCCAAGCUGCACAGGUCAGCCACUGGGAAAUCUUUCUAUGUACAAGCUGCAAACACAUGUGGCCAUGCACCAUGCCACAGGCAAAGCCAGUCCACACACUUAAGCUCUAACAUUCUUCCACAAACUGUUCUGCUCCCCCCAAACAAAGACCAACUGCAUACAGUGGGCCACAAUGAUAACAGAUGACAUCAUGUUUGUGCCAUCAGUGUAAAGACAUCAUUCAUGGACACUGUAAAAGCAAGGACUCAAACUGUUGAGGAAACACUUGUUUAAUCUGUUUUUAAAAGGAUAGUUUGGAUGUUUGGAGCUGGGGUGUUACAAGUACUUAUCUAUAGUCAGUUACCUACAGCAGGCAGCAUUCGGUGCACCCCUCAUUUGGAGAAGCAGACAGGAGUACCAACAUGGAAGCUACGCAAUGCACUGCUGUGAACAGGGUCAGCGUCAAAACAUAUUUUACCCACCUAACAAAAUCUAUAUCAGUUGAAGUGUACGCUGUAUUGAGAAUAUUUUCACCACUUUACCUUGAUGUGGAGAGUCGACGGGAGACUUCUUCUUAAAUUAAAUGUCAUCUUUUUAAGACCUUUUUAUUGCAACUUGGAAUGUAACAUCAGUCAUAUUUUGCCAUUUAAAGUAAUUUAGUAAUAAAAACUCAACUGUAAGAAUAAAAUGUCAAGUCCUCCUCACUUGGCCUCCAAAACAUACCUUUUACCUGGUGUAAAUCAUGUUUUUCAGCACCUUUACACAACUUGUUUUGAAGACUGGGUUGUUACGAACACAUGUAAAGAGUUGUCUGUUUGGAGCAAC